CAUGGUUAAGUUAUCAGUCUAUAUGGCGUUGAAUUGAAAAAGCUACAAUUAACAGGAGUAAUUUGUGACAAGGGUCAAAUUAUAGGGUUUUCUUCGUAAUCAUCGCCGCAUAUAUCCAAUCUCUACGCCUAUUUUUUUUUAAUCCGGAACCAGCCCAAAAUCGACCAGUUUCGCAGAAUUUCAACUGUCAGGUCUGUGUGCAUUCGCAAGUGUGAGCGUGAAUGUGAAAUCUGUCUUUUGGCAACAACCCAUGCUACUAAAAUUCUUGACAGAGAGGAUUGAGAAUGCGAGCGUGGAGGGAGGAUUGAGAGCGGGAGGGAACGGUCGUAGUGAAGGUUUAUGUGACUAAGCCCACGUCACUUCAGUUACAAAUAAAAAGGUUUGAAGAUGGUUGCACAAGGCUUCAGCGUGGACUUGAAUAAACCCCUUGUCUUCCAGGUUGGCCACCUAGGAGAGGAUUAUCAGGAGUGGGUUCACCAGCCUAUUGCUAGCAAGGAAGGCCCUCGGUUUUUCGAAAGUAACUUUUGGGAGUCUUUGACCAAAAAUAAGUGGUGGUAUAUACCUCUCGUCUGGCUGCCAGUUGUUUGUUGGUCCAUCUCCAAGUCUGUUCGGAUGGGCCAUAACUUUCCUCAAAUAGGAUUAAUAGUGUGUUGUGGUAUUUUCAUAUGGACAUUGAUGGAAUACACAUUGCACCGCUUCCUUUUUCACAUCAAAACAAAGAGCUAUUGGGGAAACACCUUGCAUUAUCUUCUUCAUGGUUGCCAUCAUAAGCACCCCAUGGAUGGGCUACGCCUGGUUUUCCCUCCUGCUGCUACAGCUGUUUUAUGUUUUCCGUUUUGGAACUUGCUUAAACUAGUCUCUACUCCUUCGACUACUCCUGCUUUGUUUGGAGGUGGUUUACUGGGUUAUGUAAUGUAUGAUGUCACCCAUUACUACUUGCACCAUGCACAGCCGACAAGUGAAGUACCUCGAAAUCUGAAGAAAUAUCACUUGAAUCAUCAUUUCCGUAUCCAGAACCGAGGCUUCGGCAUCACUUCCUCAUUUUGGGACAAGGUGUUUGGAACACUACCUCAAUCAAAAGCAGCAGCAAAGAGUAUAUAAUUUAAUUAUGCCGAAGCUGUCUUUUUUAAACAUUGUUCCUAGUGAUUCUUUAAAAUGCUGCCUAUUGAUUCUAUUGCAUAUGAUCACAGCAGUAUUUCCUAAGUCUAGCAUUUCAGGAUGGGUGUUGUGUUGUCUCGUUUCCGAUGGUAGAGGAUUUUUUUAUGAAAUUAACUUUUGUCUGUUAUUUACCUUAUUAA